CUCCGGGCGGGGGAAUAUACAAAGUGAAGCCACAUUGCCAAACUUGAAGCAGCGAUUGCAGCAGUUGCUGCCGCUGCGCCGCGCCGCGCGGGCCGAGGGCUCCUGCAGCUGCUCGCGCGGAGCCGGAGGCGGAGAAGAACGACGAGGACCGAGACUGACGCUUCUGCUUCCCGGCGCCUGCCACUUACGCGGGGCCCCCCAACCCAGCCUCAGAGCAGCGCGUUAAAAAAAAAAAAAGAAAAGAAAAGCAGCCCUUAGCCCCCUCCUCCCCUUUCCUGCUUCUGCGAGAACAUCCCCCCCUCCCUCCAGCUCCGCCAGCCAAGGCGCCCCUUCCUUGGAAGCCGAGCGGCUUCGCUCGAAUUUCGCCGCCGCCGCCUCUCGCAAUAUUGCAAUAUAGGGGAAAAGCAGACCAUGGUGAAUCCGGGCAGCAGCUCACAGCCGCCCCCGGUGACGGCCGGCUCCCUCUCCUGGAAGCGGUGCGCAGGCUGCGGAGGCAAGAUUGCGGACCGCUUUCUGCUCUAUGCCAUGGACAGCUACUGGCACAGCCGGUGCCUCAAGUGUUCCUGCUGCCAGGCGCAGCUGGGCGACAUCGGCACGUCCUGUUACACCAAGAGCGGCAUGAUCCUUUGCAGAAAUGACUACAUUAGGUUAUUUGGGAAUAGCGGUGCUUGCAGCGCUUGUGGACAGUCUAUUCCUGCGAGCGAACUCGUCAUGAGGGCCCAAGGCAAUGUGUAUCAUCUGAAGUGUUUUACAUGCUCUACCUGCCGGAAUCGCCUGGUCCCAGGAGAUCGGUUUCACUACAUCAAUGGCAGUUUAUUUUGUGAACAUGAUAGACCUACAGCUCUCAUCAAUGGCCAUUUGAAUUCACUUCAGAGCAAUCCACUACUGCCAGACCAGAAGGUCUGCUAAAAGGUCAGAGUAAUGCAGAAUGCGUGCCUUCAUCUCAGAUCUUGUUCAUCACAGGUGGAUCCCAUGUGUCUUCAGUAGACAAGUCACCUUUGUAGCUAGCACCAGUGCCAGCUCCACGCCAUUGCACCUUCUUUAGUCUUGAUUGCCCUUCUUGCAUUUAUUGGUGUAUUAAAAUGACUGAAUAUGAACAUUAAGGACUCCAUGAACCUGGGCUAAUGGGAGACUGUAGAGAAAAUGAAAAAAGAUCCACCGGAGGACAUCUUUGGGGGGGAGGGAGCUUGGGAGGAGGGAAAUGACUAAUGAAGCUAAUUAAAAGAAGCAUUCAAAUCUGCUUUCUACCCUCAUUAACAAUUAGCAGGGCACUGGCCAGAGUUUGUACCCUGUGUUUUUACCUUAACAACAUUCUAUUUGCUCUUUGUAUAUUUAAGUGUUGUAAGGAAAUGUGUUUCAAUCAAAACUGAACAUGAGAUAAAGGAAAGAGAUGUGGCUUUUGUGAUAUUCUAUCACAAACACUUUUAUUGUAUCUCUGUAAAAUACAAUGUAUGUAUGCAUGUAAGUGUUUUCGUCCUAAUGUUGCUACUCCCAUGGCAAAGAAAAAAAAAAAAGAAUGAAAAAAGAAAAAAAAAAUUGGAAAAAAAAUCAGCCUCAUAGAAGCUACUGUGUAGAAAUUCCCCCCUACUUCUAAUUUGCUGAAUGAAGAAAAAAAUCUUUUAUUUGUGAUAUUUUCAGAGACAUUUGCUCUAGUA